AUGGCUUCAGGUCAACGAGUUGAUUUCAUCGUGGCUGGCGGUGGCACUUCUGGCUGCGUGGCUGCAGCACGGCUGGCUGGGUCUGCAGCGCGGCCGACAGUGCUUCUUAUCGAGGCUGGGGGACCGAAUAGUGAUAAUCACUAUCGAGUUGAUGCCGACCGCUGGCAACAUAAGAACACCAUCCCGGGCGGCAAUUGGGAUUACUUGACUGAACCGCAAGAGCACCUGAAUCAUCGCCGAAUCGACUACAGUCGUGGAAAGGGUCUUGGCGGAAGCAGUGUCAUCAACUUCGGAUGCUACACCGUUGCUCCUAAAGACGAUCAUGAUGAGAUUGCUCGACUUGUUGAUGACGAUGAGUGGAAGUGGGAGAAUGCUCAGCAGCGGUACAAGCGACUUGAGUCAUACAAGGCGUUCAGACCAGAUAUUCCCACGGGGGUGGACAAAUAUCUUUCACCACAUCCUGACGAUCAUGGUCAUUAUGGUGCACUGAAAAUCGGAUUUCCCAGCGUGUGGGAGCCUAGUCUAACAAAGGAGAUGGAUCAGUUGUUUGAGGCGGGCAUCCGGCCAAACAAGGACACAAACAGCGGAAAUCCCAUCGGGCUUGCAGUAUGUCCAAACACGGCCUACAAGGGUGAACGGACCAAUUCUUCAGACUUCCUCGCAGGGGGUCCAAGAAACCUCUACGUUGUCACACAGACUCAGGUCGCGCGGGUUAUCUUUAAGGGUUGUCGAGCUGUUGGAGUGGAAGCUGUGGAUGGACGAAAAUUCUUUGCUUCCAAAGAAAUCCUUCUCUCGGCGGGCUCGCUGGACACUCCGCGGGUUCUCAUGCACUCUGGAAUAGGGCCGGCGGAUCAAUUACGACGAUAUGGAAUCCCAGUUGUGGUCGACAAUCCGUCCAUUGGGCAGAAUCUUCAAGAUCAUUACCAUAUAAGUUGCGCCUGGCAGCGAGCUGAGAGCACAAGCACACGACCGCAGUAUUACAGAGACAAGGCCGCCCAACAGGCUGCACGGAAAGAGUGGGAAGAGAGUCGGACGGGUCCCUUGGCCCAUCUCACUACCUGCAUGGGCAUUGGGUUCUUGAAGUCGGACAAGGUAUUUGACAGCAAAGAGUACAAGGAGCUACCCUACGAGACCAGACAACAUCUCUUGCGGCCAACGGUACCGACCUUUGAGAUCACCAUAGGUGCUCCGUACUCUGGCUACUUUGAAGACCCCGAAAAUACGCCAGCAACGAGCGUUAUCUACAUGCUGUUGAUGAACUCGCAGUGUCGAGGCAGCGUCACGCUUCAAUCAUCCGAUCCCAGUGUGCCCCUCGCGUUUGAUCCCAAGCUCUUCUCUCAUCCGUAUGACAGAAGAGUUGCUGUCGAGGCGUAUCGAGAGGUCGCGAGAGUUGUUCGCUCAUCAGCGUACGCGAGGGAUACCGUGCGGCCCUUACGGGCACCCAAGAGUGAAUCGGAGGAAGACGUUCUCGACUUCUGGCGUGAGCAAUGCACAAGCACCUGGCACAUGUCGUGCACUGUGAGCAUGGGAAGGAACGGCGACCCGAAGGCCUGCGUGGAUCCCAGCUUUCGAGUCUUGGGAGUUUCAAACCUGCGAGUAGGUGAUCUGAGUGUCCUGCCCUGGCUGACAAAUGGCCACAGCCAGGCGACCGCAUACCUUAUUGGUUUGAUGGUCGGCGACAAACUGGUAGCAGAUUAUCAACUUGAUGAUCAGGGGAAAGCACCACUAUUGGGACGCCUUUAG